UGGGGAAGAUUUAAAGCAGACCUGAAGGGAUUAGCAUACAAGUUAGAACUAUGGGGAUCAUCACUUAGAAACAUUGAAGGUUACCAAGGAACUGGGGUUGUAUCCUAUUUUGUAUUAUUGAGAUGGCUGUUAAAGUUAAAUAUAUUGAUUUUCCUGUUAGUUUUCAUCUUUAUGAAUUUACCUAUGAUUGCAUACCCUUCUUGGAACUUUACCAAUUCAACCUCACUCGAUGCCGUUUGUUCACAGACGUAUAUUGUCAAUGUUUCUUCUGAAGCAUCACAGCUUGUUAUAGACUUCUUUCAAGGAACGGGUUGGAUGGAAAAUACAGUAAUGUUUUAUGGAUACUAUACAGGGUAUGGGCUAAACAUUGGAUCAGCUGGAGCAUCCUUUAUUUAUGAUUUACCCUUAGCGUAUAUUGUAUCUACCGUUAUAUGUUUAUUAGUUAGUUUAUUUCUCAUGACCAGAUACACUGCUAAAGCCUUUCGACAGAAUAUACUGGCAUCUGGUGAAUCUAAUUUAGUGUUUACUAAUGAAUUAUUUACAACUUGGGACUUCUCUCUGUGUGAUGAUCAUGCUGCUGAAAUUAAACAUAGAAGCAUUUACAACAACUUUGCGGCUGAAAUGGCAGAACAGCGGUUUGAAAGGGAUAGAUUACAGAAUAUGGUUAGCUGUGAUGCUAAGUGUAGUUUAUAUACCGUCAGAUCUAUUCUCAAUGUAUUCGUAUUGGGAUGUUUAUGUGGUGGAGGAUACCUGAUCUAUUUUAUAACUUUAUUCUCUUCAUCAUAUAUAGAGGACGUAAGAAGCAAUACCAAUAAUGUUAUACUAUUAUUAGUUCAAUAUCUACCAUCAAUUACCAUUACUGUAUUAAAUGCCCUGUUACCAAUUAUAUUUAAAAUAGUGGUUAAAUUUGAAAAAUACACACAAGAUUUCGUCGUGAAGAUAACUCUCAUCAGAACAGUAUUUUUGAAACUGGCGUCCCUGACCGUAUUAGUUGGUACACUAUAUGCUGAAAUAACUUGUACUACUAAAAAUAGCUGUGGUAAAGGAGUUUCACCAUGUACAGAGAUUCAGUGUUGGGAAACCUACGUUGGACAACAGUUAUACAAAUUGGUCAUUACAGAUUUUCUCGUCGGUGUUGGAACUGUUCUGUUUGUUGAGAUUCCGAGAAGAAUUAUUGUAAAUAAAUGCAAAUGUGGUUUAACAGAAAAAAUAGGAGCUGCUCAGUUUGAUAUACCUAAAAAUGUAUUAGAUCUGGUAUACGCCCAGAUUCUGUAUUGGAUGGGAAUGUUUUUUGCACCGAUUCUUCCAGCCAUAGCAGUUCUCAAACUUUUAAUUGUCUUUUAUGCCAAAAAGCUUUCAGCCUUAUUUGCUUGUGAGCCACCAGAGAAACCUUACAAAACAUCUCGAUCAAAUAGUUUCUUCAUGGUAGUUUUAAUAUUAGCCUUCUUUAUAUGUUGUUUUCCUAUUGGAUACACAAUGGCCACAUUAGCACCAUCCAAAAGUUGCGGUCCUUUUCGACAAUAUAACUUCAUGUACAAUGCUAUAACAGUGCCUGUUUUUAAUGGACCAGUUGGGUUUCAGAAUUUCUAUAAUAUCAUAACAUCACCUGCAGUUACAGCAUCAACUAUUAUAAUAUUACUGGUUUUAAUCUAUUAUUGUUCGUCUAUGUCGUCAGCACAUAAAGAUAUGAGUAAUUUAUUACGAGAAGAAAUAGUAUUGGAAGGAAAAGAUCGUCAGUUCUUAUUAAAUAAGCUACAAGAUGCU